CACAUAUCUUAUUAUUAUGAAUAAGUUAUUAAUAGGCAUAACCAGGAUACCAAAAUAUUAACCAAGAUUUUCAUUCAGCAAAGCAUUAAAGGACAAGGACAAGGGUGAUGAAAAAGCAUUUUUUUCAAAAGAAGAUUGUAAUUGUCUGCAUUUAAUAUUUGAUUAGAAAAAUUGAUGUCUAAAUUAAUUAAGAAAAUGAAAGAGGCAAGUGAACACCCAUAAACAGCAGGAAGCAAUAAUGCGGAGGACAAGGAGGAAUUAUAAGUAUGAUAAAUUAAUACUAAAAUUAGAAAAUAUUUAACAGAUAUAGAGUUAAUUAUACAGAUGCAUUGAUUGAAGAGAUCCUGAAUUGGAAGAGAUCAGAUUGAAAUAGAUACAUAUUAUCAUUAUUACAAGAAUAUCC